UCUCUCUCUCUCUCUCUCUCUCUCUCUCUCUCUCUCUCUCUCUCUCUCUCUCUCUCUCUCUCCUCUCAAAUCGGUAAACUGGGAGAAGAUCCAAAAUGAUGACAAGAGCUUUCCAGGUCACACACCCCUUCACUGAAACCAUUAAUGCUCACUGGAGCCCAGGAUGUACCUGUCUUUUCCUCUGGACUCAUUUCUGCGGGCUCCGGGGCUAUUUCUUACCUCUGUCAUGCUAGCAUUUCCAGUUCGGCGGGGAUUAGGGAAAGGUGCCUCCCUUUGUUAGAGGCAUUUUCGUUCAGGUGUCCGGUGACUCAGUUUCCCUGUCUUCUGACUUAGUGUAGGGACUGGUGAUAAGCAUAUGUAAAUGAAUGACCAGAAGUAAUUACAGGUUGAAUCAGUGGGUAUACUAGAAAUAGAACCCAGGCGUCUUGACUCAGAAGCUCGACGAUCUUCCGACUGCCAGGCACACGCUGCGUCCGCCCGGCGGCCCGGACCUUUCCGGGGUACUUGUAGCAGGGAAUAACAGGUUCAGUUCCUCUGCUGCCCCUGUGUUCUUCCGCGCCCGGCGCGCAGCUUGACGAGCGUGGGCGGAGCGGCCCAACUCUGGGGCGGGGCCUCGUCGUGGGCGGGGCUUCCUCGAGUUCCGGAGUAGAGUGUCUGGCAGCCUUUGGUGGAAUCGCGAUGCAGCCGCCGCCCCGAAAAGUGAAGCCAGCCCAGGAGGUGAAACUUCGCUUUUUGGAGCAGCUGAGUAUCCUUCAGACCCGACAACAGAGGGAGGCGGAUCUACUGGAAGACAUCAGAUCCUACAGCAAGCAGAGGGCAGCCAUUGAACGGGAGUAUGGCCAGGCACUCCAGAAACUGGCCGGGCCAUUCCUGAAGAGAGAAGGGCAGCGAAGUGGGGAGGUAGACAGCAGGACAGUGUUUGGUGCCUGGCGCUGCCUUCUGGAUGCCACUGUGGCUGGAGGCCAAACCCGACUUCAGGCGUCUGACCGAUAUCGUGACCUAGCAGGGGGUACCGGGAGGAGUGCCAAGGAGCAGGUGCUUAGAAAGGGGACAGAGAGCCUCCAGCAAGCACAGGCUGAGGUGCUACAGUCCGUCCGGGAGCUGAGCCGAAGCCGGAAGCUCUAUGGGCAGCGAGAGCGAGUGUGGGCCUUGGCACAGGAGAAGGCAGCCGAUGUCCAGGCCAGGCUGAACCGAAAUGACCAUGGGAUCUUCCACUCUCGGACCAGCCUCCAGAAACUGAGCACCAAGCUGUCCGCCCAGUCAGCCCAGUAUUCCCAGCAGCUGAGAGCAGCCCGCAACGAGUACCUGCUAAAUUUGGUGGCCACCAAUGCUCACCUUGCCCAUUACUACCAAGAGGAAUUGCCAGCACUGCUCAAGGUCCUGGUAAGUGAGCUGUCCGAGUACUUGAGGGACCCCCUGACUUUGUUGGGACACACCGAGCUGGAAGCUGCAGAGAUGAUCCUGGAGCAUGCCCGCCAUGGGGGGAAGGCAGCUUCUCAGGUAAACUGGGAACAGGAUGUGAAGCUGUUUCUUCAGGGGCCUGGAGUCUUUUCUCCAACUCCACCUCAGCAGUUCCAGCCAGCGGGAACUGAUCAGGUGCAUGCCCUGGAACGGGGAGCGGGAGGCAUGGCUGAAGAGAGUGGCUUGGAGAGAGAGGUUCAGCGCUGGACAAGCAGGGCUGCCCGGGACUACAAGAUCCAGCAUCAUGGGCAUCGGGUCCUGCAGCGACUGGAGCUGAGGCGUCAGCAGGCUCCAGAGCGAGAAGCUCCAGGCGUAGAACAGAGGAUACAGGAAGUGAGGGAGAACAUCCGACGGGCACAGGUGAGCCAAGUGAAAGGGGCCGCCCGGUUGGCCCUGCUACAGGAGGCUGGCCUCGAUGUGCAGCGGUGGCUGAAGCCAGCCAUGACCCAAGCCCAGGAUGAAGUGGAACAGGAGCGACGACUUAGUGAAGCUCGACUUUCCCAGAGGGACCUCUCUCCCACAGCUGAGGAUGCUGAGCUUUCUGACUUCGACGAAUGUGAGGAGGCUGGGGAGCUCUUUGAGGAGCCUGCCCCACCAGCCCUGGCCACCAGAGCCCUUCCCUGCCCUGCCCAUGUAGUGUUUGGCUAUCAGGCAGGACGUGAGGACGAGCUGACUAUCACAGAGGGUGAGUGGCUGGAGGUCAUAGAGGAAGGAGAUGCUGAUGAAUGGGUUAAGGCUCGGAACCAGCAUGGUGAAGCAGGCUUUGUUCCUGAACGAUAUCUCAACUUCCCGGAUCUCUCCCUUCCUGAGAGCAGCCAUGGCAGCGACAAUCCCUCAGGAGCAGAGCCCACAGCAUUCUUGGCACGUGCUCUGUACAGCUACAUAGGACAGAGUGAAGAGGAGUUAAGUUUUCCUGAAGGGGCACUCAUCCGCCUGUUGCCCAGGGCUCAAGAUGGAGUGGACGAUGGCUUCUGGAGGGGAGAAUUUGGGGGGCAUGUUGGAGUCUUCCCAUCUCUCCUGGUAGAGGAACUGCUUGGUCCCCCGGGGCCACCUGAACUCUCUGACCCUGAACAGAUGCUGCCAUCCCCUUCUCCUCCCAGCUUCUCCCCUCCUGCACCCACCUGUGCCUUGGACAGAUCCCCUGCACCUGCUCUGCCUUCUGACAAAGUCAUAGACUGCCCUGGACCCCUAGACAUGAUGGUGCCUCGACUCAGGCCGAUGCGUCCACCACCUCCCCCACCAGCCAAAGCCCCGGAUCCUGGUCAUCCCGAUCCUCUCACUUGAAGGCCAGGAGUCACUGCCCUUCGGUGAUGCUGCUGCCCCUGACUCCAUGCUGACAGAAGCCACCCCCUCAAUGGUCUGGAGCGACAUAAGCAAAAGCUGCAGUCUUCCCCGAUGUCCAUUCUCACCUCCGGGGGUAGAAAUUUACCCUGUUCCCAUUUCUGGGAUUUGAACCCACACCCUCCCCGUAUUGUUCUCCUGCCAUUUCUGGAAGUACCCCUUUGACUUUGUGCUAUCACCCCAUAUCUAAGGUGGUAAAACACCACAAAAUCUUCGGGGCUGGAACCCAUCUCCCAAAGCCUUGCAUGGCUCUGGCUCAUCUGUGUCUUCACCCGGCCUCUGUGGUCAACCCCACCCUGAAUGUCAGGGUCAGUAGGCCUGGGGCCAGGAGAGGACUUUGGAAGUCAGAAGGAGCUGAGCCAGGAUGCAAAGCAACUGUAAUGGUCUGAGCGGAUUUAUUGACAGUGAAUAAAGGGUAUGAAGUCCAAGACAGGGCUUGGGCCUCUUGUGCCAAGACGGCAGGGAGCCUAAGGUGCUAUUGCUUUAGGGGCCCACCGAGGGUAGGGCCUGGUCCCAGCUGCCACGCUCUAGCAUGUGGAGCGAGGUUUUGGGGAAGGCAGGCCAGGCAACCUGUUGGCAGGUGGGGAAAGGGAAAAGAUGAGGGGCCAGGAAGUGCGAGGGGCUCCUCCUGAGGUCCCUCAGUCAGGACCAUCUCCAGAUGAAGUAGAGCUGGUCCCUCAGCUGAGCGGCAGAGCUGGCCAGCGGAGGGGAGAGUCUUCCUGGCUGGCUGUCCCCUGGCAAUGCCUGCUGGUAAUCCAUCAGCACAGUGAAGACUGAGGCUUGGAAGAAAGAAAGGAAAAGAGUGUUGCUUCCUAGUCAAGUUCUGUGCUCCAGCCACUUAUUUAACUCCUGGAGGACAUCUGUGCCCACUCCCCACACACUAAACAUAUAGUUCACCCCCAGGGUUCAGGGAGUUGGUGGACUCGAGUAGUUUAGACACAGGGUGGGAGGGUGAGAUUACCUGAUCUCGAGCUCAGGGAGACUCGCCUCACAUACCCCCUGCUUCUGGUGGUAGAGAGUCCUGAGAGAAGGGGAGGUAUUCAGUGGGAACAGGAGGUGGAUCAUAUCCAUGUUGCCCAGAGUAGGAACCGUAAGAUGUGUCCACCACUGCCCAGCGCAGCCCUGACCAUGUCUUCAUACCUGCUGACCUGAGGUGUCCAGUUUGGUUGGCUGUCCAUUUGCUUCUUGACUAGGCAGCCCUGGGCUUGGGCCUGUCCCUCUAGUGCCCACGUUCAGUUCUGCAGAGGUACCAGGGGUCCCCUCAAGUGUACAAGGGACUAGGCUGGCAUCCUUGAGUCUUCCAUUCUGCACUGGGUGGGUGGCUGCGGCCUGGGAGGGUGGUGGCUCAGGGAGCAGCCUCUCAAUGGCAGCUGUCCCUGUCCUAGGCUGCCCUCCAGCCACCUGACUAACCCCUGGUUCCUGUCCUCCACCAGAGCCCCAGCUUCUGUCUGUAGGGGAACCAUCACGGUGUUCAUGAAGGCCAUAGCGCUUCUCAAUGUGUGUCACUCGGAAUCUGGGUGGGAAGAGAACAUUGCAACUCAGGCCUGCAGCUCAGAGGCUCCCUAAACCUCCCUCCCUGGGUUUGAUGGCAGUUUCUGUGACCUGGGGUAGGGAAGCCUUCUGAGACUGUGGGACACUGUGCAGCCUGACCCUUGCUGUAGUCGCCCAGUUGUUCAAAGAAAGAGCUGGGCCCCACCUUGGGGGACAGGAUUAUCGGGGCCCCAAUUUAACCUCUUUUCUUGGACCACUAUAUCCCCACCUGCCCACUGAGAAUACAGUGGUCUCUCCAGGUCUUGGGCGGCCUUUUCCUUCCUUAGAGCGACCCUGGCGGACAAGUGGGGGCCUCUUGCUGCGGCUGCAGUGGAUGCAAGGAGCUGCAGAGCCAAGGUGUACUGUGUGAUGAUGAGAAGGGGCUCCAUCCUGCAGGCUGGAGGUGGCAUCCACACUGGUCCACAGGAGGGAAGGGAGCAGAAACAAUAUUUUCAAUUUCCUUCCUGGUUCCUCCUGUUCUUUCAAUAUGCUCUUUAAACCUCCACAAACCCCACCUUCCCCAGGUUCCAACAUCCCUUUGUCUUUAAUAAAUUCACUGUUAAGUCCCAAA